CGGGACGCUCCCUCACGCGCCCCCUGCUGGGACGCGACACUCGGAGGCAGCGCGCGGCGGGGACCGGCCCGCGGUCACCUCCCCGGCCCCGGCCGCGUGGGAAGGGAGAAGGGACCGGCCGCGGAAAUCCCCGGCUUGGACGACGUAGGAGGGAGGAGCCGGCUCAGCCCCAGCCUCGGCCCCGCGGCUGCUUCUCCACUUCUCCUCCCGACACCCGCCGAGGCCCCGAGGCUGCCCGAGCAGCGCCCCGCGCCGGGAUGGAGCUGAGACGCUCUGGACUUUGGUUACUGUUUCUUUGUGCUCUGGGAUUUGUUACUGCAGAGGAAAAUAAGAAAGUUAUCAGCACAAUAGGCAGCACUGCUGAACUGAGUUGCAUUUUUACUCCAGAGGAAAAAAUCAUUUUAAAUAAGCUACGGGUCUUUUGGCAAAUAGCGGAUGGUUUAAAACCGUGUGCAGUGGUACACACCUUUAAUUCUGGUCACGAGAACCAAAGCGAGCAGUGUGCAGACUUCAGAAACAGGACUCGAUUAUUUCAGGAUAAGCUGAAAAAUGGCACUUUUUCUCUGCUGCUGCUAAACGUCAGCCUGAGAGAUGAACACACAUAUCAGUGCAUAAUACAGAAGAAGGACACGGUUUUCAGGGUUAUUCACAGGGCAGAUGUGACCCUCAAGGUAGCAGCCAAUAACAGCCUGCCAGUACUGAGUGGACCUAUAGGAAUCCCCCCAAAUAUUGGAGAAGAGGUGACAUUAAGUUGCAACUAUAGCCAAGGAUACCCAAAGCCAAACGUUUACUGGAUAAAUAGAAAAGACAACAGCUCCCUCCAUCCAUCAUCAUUAAAGAUCAUCCAAGACAACGAUGGCACAUAUAGUGUUUUCAGCACACUGAAGAUUGAAGCAACUUCUGAUAUAAAAAUAGGAUGCAUCAUAGAAAAUGAACUACUACAGCAAAAUCUAACUGUCCUCUACUCGGAAAACAUCACAAACUCUAACUCUACCAAAAGCAGUCUGUUAGAGCUAAAUAAACCGGGAGCUCAGGCUGGAAGUGUCCUUGCCAUUGCCGUUGUGUUAGCUGGUCUAGUUGUUUUAACCUGCUGGCUGUGGAAAAGGAAAUCCCCUUACCGGAAAUCAUAUGCAGAUGUUCAACAAAAUGAAGAUGGAGCACAGCACAAUACACACGUUUAAAUGGGAAAUUCUCAGAGAAUUUGGGCAGCUGGUGAUGUACCAAGAGAAUGUUGAAGCUAAGGACGCUAUGUUGAAGCCAAGGAUGGCAGCAUUAUCUGCAACACGAAUGGCAUAGUGUUUCCAGAGCAUGAGCCAGGACAGAUGGCAAAAACCUUCUCCGACAGAGGAGAGAGCAAAAUCCACCUGCUUUAGUCUGCCACUUCUAAUCAGCAGUUGCGCUGGUUUUCAAAACACUCUUCAAAACACGUGUAUGAGUGAAAGGUACAAUGGUACCUUGAUGCUGAAGCAUUGGUUCAGGAAUGAAAGACUGCCAACUGUUAUUUUGUGUCAGUCAAAGAAUGCCCUACUAGGAGAUAAGCAACUGUUUUUCAGCAGUGCUGAAAAUUCUCUCUGCCUUUCAGACUUUUCAUAACGAUUACUGAACAUGAAAAAUGGCAGCUAGGCAAGUGAAAACUGCAAGACUUUGUGUAGAGCAAACUUCAUUGCCUGUUUUUCUUCUUCCAUGCAUCCUUUCACUGUUUCUGGGCAGCCGCAAUGGCAACACAAAAAUAUCCCGAAGCUUCCAACUUAGACAUGCAGAGGUACAGGUGCCUGUAGCUGAACAAAACUUCUGAGUAUGAACAUUAGGAAGCCUUAUUUUAUUGCAGUUUAAGUGUGCAUUCUACAUUUUACAGAGUACUCUAUCAAAAAGGGAGUCUCCAUCAGUUGACAGAGCACAGAAAUUACCUGGAUUCCUAGGAAGUGUACAGCACUACCUCAGCACUGUCUGGGCUGAAUUCAGAUCAGCAGUUGCCUGUGCAUAUACUUUGGAGACAGGACAAAAAAACACAGGGUGAUUAUCCUCAUUUUGGCAUGUCAAGCAUCAACCACUCCCUCCCUCUAGGAUACUGGAGAUUUGAAAUACAAUCUUUCUGCACACACACCCCUCCACCCCCAUAAAAACAGGUGUGUAGAAUGCCAUUUGCCAUUGAUACAGCAAGAACAUCAUUAACGGACAAAGUAAAUGUUUGGUGAAAUCAGGGCCAUCCUUAGGAUUUAUGGGGCCCUAUGCAAUAUUAUUAAACUGGUAAACUACCCCUGACGGCAGCCCGGGCUCACAUGUGUAUUUUAGAUAAGGGUAGUCUUUUGGAGGAUUUAUUUUAAAAACUAUAUGUCUGAAGAUCCAAGCAUUUUAAGGCUAAAGAUGAAUACUCAGAUUGUGCAUCUAAAAAUCUAUGCAAGGAUUUUUUAGAGAUGUGAUUUUAUAAUCUUCAGCAACAUACUAAUGAAAUAUUUUUAAAGCAAAUUUUAACCUAAGGUCCUGUAGACGAACAUGUUCUGAGUAAAUAUUAAAGUAAUGCACAACUGUUUUUGUCAGUAAAUUCAGAAACUGACAGAAUAUACCUGGGGGUUGGCAAAUGCCUGUUAAAUGGCUUCAUUACCACUUGAAUGGCUCUUUAACAGUUUCAGUGUUUGUGCUAACAGGUUUGGCAGGCUCGAAAGCUUUUUCACUUUUAAGUACUAGAUCCCCUCUGGAGGAAGACUCACCCGGCUGCAGCAGCCAGCUGUGGUGGGAGCCUGCAGGAAGGGUCAGAUUAGAACAGGGAUAGGUAGAGGUGGAAGGGUGGACACUAAGACCAAGGGGUGCCCCAAAUUUUCAGGUUCCCUCCGCCUUGUAUGCUGCAUAUGCCUAAGGACGGCUCUGGGUGAAAUAAAAAGAUGAAAAGACAGCAGAUGCCUGACACUGAAAGCUGUAACUUGCCUGUGCCUAGUGCACAAGGAGAAGUUGAAAAUACGAUCCCUGUAAAGCUGCCAUGGCCAGGGCUCCUGUGAAUGAAAGAUGUAAAAAUCAAAGCAACUAAUUUUUCCCAGUGCGUAGGGUUUUGAAGGAGGCUUAAUUUGCUUGCUUUGGGCACUUUACUCCCUCUAGAUCCAUCACCAUUCUGAAUUGUACCACCUUUAUGCCAUCCAAAUGAAAGAAUCAUAACCCUGCUUUUCCAAACUAUGCUGGGGAUAUGGCACCAGGUGGCAAUGGUGGGUUAGUGCCCUGGCUUCUCACUUUCAAAUCCUAGUUAAAUUAAAAUAAAUUUGGUGGCCACAUUCCAUCAUUGUGCAUAUUACAAAACCACCCGAUGAUCUGAUCUGAGUGUCUGCUGGAGCAGUAGUCAAGAUUGGGCUAACAAAGCAGUAACUUAAGAACAAGUUAGACGAACCCCUGUCAGGAAUCCUGCUUGAACACAGGGGGAUGGAAUAGAUCUCCUCUUGAGGUCCCUUCCAGCCCUACACUUCUAUUAUUCUACCAGCAGGUUACAACACUGACCCAACUUUUUGUGGGAAGAUUGCACAGCCUUAGUCUGCUCUAGGUCUAGCCCAAGCUCCAAUUAGCACUCACUUUAAGGCAAACUAGAUCGGCUCUCAGAUUUUAAGAGGGUGGGGAAUGUUUGGAAAGCACACAAUGCUGUAAGCAGUAUGGGAAGAAAAGAGGCAUUUAAAUACUUUGAUUUUUAAAUUGAUUUGUCCAUGAGCUUUAAAGAGAGAGUGAUACAUGUGUGUGCAACUUCUAA